AUGAGGAAACUUCCCCCGCCGUCUCCCGCGUCCCCGCAGCGUCCCCGCAGAGUCCCCGCAGCGUGCUUUUCGACCCAUGACGCUCUUCUCGGGCGGGGGGGGGAUGAUGCAGCCCUGCAGACACUGUUUCACCGACAGCUUCUCGUACAGACCCAGGAAGUCACUGAAGCGCCGCCUCACGGAGAAGUAACUGUGUGGUGUGGUGUGGGGUGGGGGGGGGGGGUGUUUGGGUGGGGGGGGUGGGGGGGUGGGUGGGGGUUGGGUGGGGGGGGGGGGUGGGGUGGUGGGGGGGUGUGGGGGUUGGGGGGGUUGUGGGUGGGGUGGGUUGUGGUGGGGGUGGUGGUGGUGGUGUGGGGGUGGGGGGUUUGGGGUGUGUGUGGUUGGUUUUGGGUGUGGGGUGGGGGUGUGGGUGGUUUGUGUUUGGGGUGGGGGGGGGGGGUUGGUUGGUUGUUGGGGUGGUUUUGGGGGUUGGGUGGUGUUUGGGUUUUUGGUGUGGUGUUGUUUGGGGGGGGUGGGGGGUGGGGGGUUGUUGGGUGGGGUGGUUUUUUGGGUGUUGGGUGGUUGUGUGGUGUUGUGGGUGGGGUGGGGGUGGGGGGGGGGGGGUGGGGUGGUGGUGGGGUGUGGGUGGGGGGGUGGGGUGGGGGGGGGGGGGGGGGGUGGGGGGUGGGGGGGGGUGGGGGGGUGGUUGGGGGGGGGUGUGUUUUGGGUUGGUUGUUGGGGUGUAUUGAAUGUUGGAUUGGGUUGGGGGGGUUGGGGGGUUGGGGGGUGGGGGUGGGUGGGGGUGUUGGGGGGGUGGGUGUUGGGGGGUUUUUGUGGGGGGGUGUGGGUGGGGGGGGUUGGGGGUGGGGGUGGGGGUUGUUGUGGUUUGGGGUGGGGGGGGGGGGGUUGGGGGGUGGGGGGGGGGUUUGGUGGGGGGGUGGUUGGGUGUUGGUGGGGGGGGGGGGGGGUGGUGUGUGGGUGUUGGGGUUUUUUUUUAGGGUGGGUGUGUUGGUGGGGUUUGGGGUUGUGUUGUUUGGGUUUGGGUGUGGUGGGGGUUGGUGUGGUGUGGGGGGGUGGGUGGGGGUGGGGUUGGGUUUGGGUGGGGUGGGGUGGGUUGGGGGGGGGGGGGGUGGUGGUUGGUGUUGGUGGUUGUGGGGGGGGUGUUUAAUGGGGGGUGGUGGGGGUUGGUGGGGGGGGGGGUUGGUGGGUGGGUGUGGUUGUUGGUUGGGGUUGGGGGGUUGGUUUGGGUGUGGGGGUUUGGGGUGGUUUUUGUUUGUGGGGGGGUGGGUGGUGUGGGGUGUGUUGUGGUGUGGUUGUGUGGUUGUGUUGGGGGGGGGGGGUUUGUGGGGGGGUGGGGUGGGUGUUGUUGGGUGGGGGUGGUGGGUGUGGUUUGGGGGGGGUGUGGGGGGUGGGGGGGUGUGUGUGUGGAGUGGGGGGUGGGGGGGGGGUGGGGGGGGGGUUGGUGGGGGGUGGUGUGGGUGUGGGUUUGGGGGGGGGGGGGUGGUGGUUUGGGGUGGGUGGGUUUUUUUUUGUUGGGUGGUGGUGUGGUGGGGGGUGGGGGGGUGGGUGGUUGGGGUGUGUGUGGUGGUGUGUUGGGGUUUUGGGGGGGGGGGGUGGGGUGGGGUUGGGGGUGGGGGUUGGGGGGUGGGGGGGGGGGGUUUGUUGGUUGUUGGGUGUGUUGGGUGGGGGGGUGUGGUGGGUGUUUGGGUUGUUGGGGUUUUUGGUGGGUGGGGGGGGGUGUGGUUUUGUGUUUUUGGGUGUGGUUUUUUGUUGUGUGGGGUGGGUGUGGGUGGUUGGGGUGGUGUGGUGGUUGUGUGGUGUGUGUUGGGGGGGGGGGGGGGGGUUUGUGGGGGGGGUGGGGUGGGUUUGUUGGGGUGGGGGGGGUGGUGUGGGGUGGUUGGGGGGGGGUGGGGGGUGGGGGGGGUUGGGGUUUGGGGGGGUGUGUUGUGGUGGGUGUGUGUUUUGGGGGUUGGGUGGUGGGUGUGUGUUGGGGGUGGGUUUGGUGUGUGGGUGGGUGGGGGGGGUGGUGGGGGGGUGUGUGGGUGGUGGGGGGGUGGGGUGGUGGGGGGGUGUGGGGUGGUGUGUGUUUGUGGGGGUUGGUGGGGGUGUGUGGGGGGGGGUUGGUGGGGGGGGGGGGGUGUUUUUGUGGGGUGGGGGGGGGGGGGGGGGGGGGGGGGGUUGGUGGGGGUGGUUGUGGGUGUGGGGUUUUUGGGGGGGGGGUGGGUUGGGGGGGGGGGGUGGGUGGGGGGGGGGUUGGGGGGUGGGGGUGGUUGGGGUGGGGUUGGUGUGGGUGGGGUGGGGGGGGGUGGGUGGGAGUGGUGUGGUGUGUGGGUGGUUGAUUAUUUUUUUGGUGGGGGGUGGUUUUUGGGUGUGGGGGGGUGGGGGUGGGGGGGUGUGGGGUUUGUGUUGGGGGGGGGGUGUGGUGAUGUGUGGUUUGGUGGUGGGGGGGGUUGGUGGGGGGGGGGGGGGGGGGGUGGGGGGGGUGGGGGUGUUUGGGGUGUGGGUGGGUGUGGGGGGGGGGUGGGGGGGGGGUGGGUGGUGUGUGUGUGGUUAGGGUGGUUUGUGGGGUUGGGGGGGGGUGGGGUGGGUUGUUGUGUUGUUGGGGGGGGGGGAGGGGGGGGGGGGGGGGGGGUUGGUGGGGUUGGGGUUGGGUUGGAGGUGGGGUUGGGGGUUUGGGUUGUUUGUGUGGUUGGGGGGGGUGUUGUGUUGGUGUUUUUGUGUGUUGUGGGGGGGGUUUUUGUGGGGUUGUUUGGUUGGUGGUGUGGAUUGGGGUGUGUUGGGUGUGGUUGGGGGUGUGGGUUGGGGUUUGGUGGGGGUUGGUGGGGGUGGGGUGGGGGGGGUGGGUGGGGUUUUGUGGUUGUUUUUUUUUUGGGGGGUGUGGGUGGUUGUGUUUUGGUGGGGUGGGUUUUUUUUGUGGGGGGUGGUGGGGGGGGGGGGGUUGAGGGUGGGGGGGGGGGGGGGGGGGGGUGGGGUGUGGGGUGGUGGGUGGGGUUGGGGUGGGGGGGGGUGGUGGGAGGUGGGGGGGGUGGGGGGGGGGGGGGUGGGUGUUGGUGGGGGGGGGGGUGGGUGGGUGUGGUGGGGGGGGGGUGGUGGGGGGGGUGGGGGGUGUUGUGGUUGGUGGUGGUGUGUGGUUUUGUUGUUGGUGGUGUUGUUGGUGGUUGGUUGUGGUUGGGUGUUGUUGUUGUUGGGGUGGUGUUGUGGUUUGGUGUGGUGUUGUUGUGUUUUUUUGUGGUUGGAGUGGUGAUGUUGGGGGUGUGUUGUGGAUGGUUGUUUUUUGUGGUUGUGGUGUUGUUGUUGGUUUGGGGUUUUUUGUUGUUGUGUGGUGUUUGUUGUUGGUGUUGUGGUUGGUUGGUGUUGUGGUUGGGGGGUUUUUUUUUGUUGGGUGUUGUUGUGGUGGGGGGUUUGUUUUGGGUUGGGGGGGGGGGGUGGAUAGGGGGUGGGGGGGUGUGUGUGGGGGUUUUUUGUUGGGGGGGUUGGGGGUGUGGUGUGGGGGGGGUGGGUUGGGUGGUGGGGGGUUGGGGUGUGGGGGUUUGGUGGUGUGGUUGUGUGUUUGGUUGUGUGGUGGUGUGUUGUUGGUUUGUGGUGUUGGUGGGUGUGGUGUGGUGGUGGUUGUGUGGGUGGGUGGUGUGGGUUGGUGGGGGGGGUUGGGGGGGGUUGGGUGGGGUGUGUGUUGGGGUGUGUGUGGUGUGUGUUGGUGUGUGUGUGGUGGUGUUGGUGUUGUGGUUUGUGUUGAGUGUGUGGUUUGUGUGUGGUGGUGUGUGGGGUGUGUGUGUGUGUGUGUUGGUUGUGUUGUGUGUGUGGGGUGGGGUGUGGUGUGUGUGUGUGUGUGGUGUGGUGUGUGUGUGUGUUGGUGUUUUGUGUGUGUGGUGUGGUGUGGUGUUGUGUGUGUGUUGGUUUUGGUGUUGUGUUGUGGUUUGUGUGUGGUUGUGUGUGUGUGUGUGGUUUGUGGUGUGUGUGGGUGUGUGGUGGUGUGUGGUGGUGAGUUGUGGGGUGUGUUUGGUGUUGUGUGUGUGUUGUGUGUGUGGUGUGUGUGGUGUGUGUGGUGUGUGUGGUUUUGUGGUGAUGGGUGUGUGUGGGGUGGGGGGGGGGUGGGGGGGUUGUGGGGGGGGUUUGGGUGGGGGGUUGGGAUUGGGGUUUUGGGUUGUGGUUGGGUGGUGGGGUGUGGGGGGGGGGUGUGGGUGGGUGGGUGGUGGUUGGGGGUGGGUGGGGGUGGGUGGGGGGUUGGGGUGUUGGUGGGUGGUUGGGGGGGGGGGGGGGGUGGUGGUGGGGGGUGGGUGGGUUGGGUGGGGGGUUGGUGGUGGGUGGGGGGUUGUGGGGGGUUGUUGGGUGGGGGGGGUGUGGGGGGGGGUUGGGGGGGGAGGGUUUGUGGGGGGGGGUUGUGGGGGGGGGUGUGUGGGUUGGGGGGGGGGGGUGUGGUUGUGUGUGUGUGGUGUGUGUGGUGUGUGUGUUUGUUGUGUGUGUUGUUGUUUGUGUGUGUGUGUGUUGGUGUGUGUGGUGUGUUUUGGUGUGGGGGGGGUUGGGUUUGGGGUGUUGGUGGGGUUGGUGGGUGGGGGUGGGGGGGGGUGGUGGUGGGGGGGGUGGGGUGGUGGGUGUUGGUGUGUGGGGGGGGGUGUGGGGGGGGGGGGGGGGUGUGGGUGGGGUGGGGGGGGGGGGGGGUGGUGGGGGGGGUUAGGUGUUGGGUUUGGUUGGGGUGUGGGUGGGGGGUGUGUUGGUUGUUGUUUGUUGUUGGGUUGGUUUGUUUGGUUGGUGGGGGGUGGGGUUUGGUGUUUGUGUUUGGUGUUGUUGUGGUUGUUGUGGGUGUGGGUGGGUGUUGGGGGUUGGGGGGGGGGUGUUGGGGGUGUGUUUGGGGGUGGUUUGUGGGGGUUUUUGUUGGGGUGUGGGUUGGGUGUGUUGUGUAGGGGUGGUGGGGGUGGGGGGGUGUUUGGGGGGUGGGGUUGUGUUUGGGGGGGUGUGGUUGUUGUUUGGUUGUUGGGGGGGUGUGGGUUGGGGGGGGGGGGUGGUUGGGGGUGGGGGGGGUGUGGGGGUUGGUGUGUUUGGGGGGUGUGUGUGGUUGGGUGGGUUGUGGGUGGGUUUGUGUUGGUUGUGGUGGGAAUUGUAGAUAGUGGUGUGGGGGUGUUGGGUGGGGUGGGGGUGGGUGUGGGGGGGGGGGGGUGGGGGGGGUUUUGGGGGUGGUUUUUGGGGGGUGUGGUGGGGGGGUGGUUGGGUUUUUUUGGUGGGUGUUGUUUAUUAGUUUGUUUUGUGUGUUGGUGUGUGUUGGGUUUUUAUUGGUUUGUGGUGGGGGUUUGGGGGGGUGGGGGGUGGGGGUGUGUGUGUGGGGUUGUGGGGUGGAUUGGGUUGGGGGGGUGGGGGGUUUGGUGGUUGGAGGGGGGGGUGGGUUGUUGUGGGGGGUUGUGUGGUUUGUGGUUGGGGUGUUUUGGGGGGGUUUGUGAGGGGUGUGGUGUUGGGUGUGGUGGGGUGGGGUGUGUGGGGGGGGUGUGGUGGUGGGUGUGGGUUGUGGGGGGUGGGGUUGUGUGUGUAGUUGUGGUGUGGUGGGUUGGGGGGGGGGGUUUGGGGGGGUGGUUGGUUGUUGUGGGGGGGUGUUUUGUUUGUUGUGGAGUUGGGGUUUUUUGUGGGGGGGGGGGUGGGUGGUGUUUGGUGUUGGGGGGGGUGUGGGUGGGGUUGGUGUGGUGGGUGGGGUUGGGGGGGGGUUUGGGGUGGGGGGGGGUGUGGUGGGGUUGUUUGGUUGGUGGUGGUGGGUGUGGGGGGUGUGUGUUGGUGGUGGUGGUGGGGGGGGGGGGGGGUUGGGGGGGGUUGUGGUGGGGGUGGGGUGGGGGGGUGUGUGUGUGGUGGGUGUUGGUUGGUUAUUGGUUUUUUGGUUGUUGUGUUGUGGGUGGUGGGGAGUGUGUGUUGGGGGGGGGUGGGGGGGGGGUGGUGUUGUGGUUUGGUGGGGGGGGGGGGGUGUGGGGGGUGGUUGUUUGGUGUUUGUUUUGGUUGGGUGUGUGUUGUUGA